CGAACUAGAGGUGAUAGCUCUUUGGUCACCACACCACGCUCCCUACCACUGCUCCGGAAAACCAGAUCAUCCUCUAUAGUAUCUUAUCUAUUCUGUUCAUCCCGAGACUUUUUGCCAAACAUUCCGCUGUAAUUGCGAUUGAUCCACCAGAACACGUAUCGAAGAGCUUUCUUCACCCAGAUCCCGAUAAGGACAUUUCUUCGCACAGCGAUUCUACCUCAAGGGAAGGAAAACAAAAUUCGAAUGAUGGCCACCGUCAGGUUGUGGCGGCAAAUCAGCUUAUGGUUAUGGCUCUCCUGUCUACUAUUGGUCGUUUACAGCGCACCUGUCAACGAGAACGCCUCCGCCAUUGAGGUUAACGACCAGAACGACGACAAUGACCUGGGCUCUGCGAUCGAAGCGAUGGCCAAAGCCAAGCGGUCGGCGCGCAAGAGAUCGUCGCUGAGGUCUUCCCAUGGUCGCACUCACUAUCGCUUCCCAAAUGAGUUGAAAAGAUCCGGUGGUAUGCACGAUGGAGACGACGACUUUGAAAUAGAAGGCGGAGACAAUGCUGAUGAUGAGUUUAGCGAUUCAUUAGCCGCAUACUUGGAAGCAGAGGAAGAUAAUUCCGUUGACUUGGACGAGCUGGCCAGAGAGAUCGCUCUUAAUAUUUUAAUGGAAGAGAACGAGAAGAACAGGGAAAAUCAAUCGCCUUCAUUACCGAAAAAAAAGAAAGUAGCUCCAGCAGCGCAUCGUCCUCGCACCAACAAUUCCAUAGAUGACAAACGCAGGAAGAGAAUGAAUUCACUUGUCAAUCAAUUGUUGGAAGAAAGGGAGGAGGCCGACGACGAAGACUAUGAUAGCCAAAUUGGCGCACACGCCGAACAGGGUGAUAAUAAUGAGGGCAACGAAAGUUUAGUUUCGGAAAGCGAAGAGGACGAAGAAGAUGAUGAACUCGUCUCGCGUUUGGAGCUCAAAAAGCUUUUCAGUCAGGGUCUUGAACGACGUGAGAUUAACGCUCUUCUAUCUCAACUGGAGCGCUCUCGAGAUUCUGAAGAGUUUAAAAGCGAGAAAAAGAAACGGACCGGAUCAGACUGGAGGAAAUUGCCACGCGCAUCGCUUCGCUGGCGCUUUCUCCAUUCUCAGGGUCAAGAAAGCAACGAGCCGUCCUACGGACGACAUCAGUCUACUGAAGAAGAAGAACUCGAUAGACAAGAUAAAAGCAUUCCAUUCGAGGAUCGAUUUUUCGGCCGGGGCUUCCACCGAGUGGGAAACAUUCAAGACGAGCCGAUUCGGAGCAUUCCGUCGGAGGCAGCCAAACGAGUCCAACAUGCUUUAAAGACUAAAAAUGCUAUUAGCGUGAUACGGAAGCGAUCGAUCGCCUCGCUGCAGAAUGCCGCCGAGAACAAGGAAAACGGCCGAUCUGCACUUCAGAUUCUUCGCAAGAGACGAAGCUCCCCUUCGCCCACAACCGAAUCGAAAGCGGAAGAGAAUAGAACGAAUGAGACUUCGAUGCCUUUGGCUUUGCCUUUAGCCGAACCGAAGAACCGCAGUGCAUCUCAAGUGCAGCACAAAUUGAGUAACGACGCUCAGGUGCAUAGCGGAGUCAUCCGUAAGAAAUCCGUCGAUUGGGACGAUUAUUUCGGCUACGAUAAAAGGAGCGACAACAAAGGAGAUGACGAGGCUAUGAGGAACUAUGUCGAGUCUGAAUACUAUAAGACCAUGGCCGGAUCGUUAGCCUUUCGACGUAAGCGCGUAUCGGCGGAAGAUCAACGCCAUUCCGGACACAUCGGUGGCAUGAAGAAGCGCUACAAUGCCACAGCUUCCAACGCUUCGGACAGGAAGAAAAAACGCUUCCGUUCGAUGGAAGCAGGGUCUGGUCUGGAUGAUGCGGAGGAGGUUUUGGACGCGGCGAUGAGUGUUGUUGAGGAACGGCGUGAACGGAACAACAUUGACCGCGUGAGGGAACAACUAGUGGCCGAACUAGUCGACAACCUCAACGAAGAAGAACUGGAUCAGAUGACUGAACGCUUGUCGGAAGAAUUGGAGAAAGCCAUCCGCCUAGAUGAUGAUGAGGAAGAAGACGACGAGCCGGAUGUCAAACGUUCGGCUAUUAAUCAGAAAUUGAAGAACAAGAAAAAGAAGAAGAAGAGCCUCUUGCAAAAUGAUGAACGUCGCAAACGUUUCGCCGUGAAACGAUCCAACCGUCAUCAUUCCGGUUUCAGUGGACCAGAAAUCGAUGACAACAACGACUGCGUGAUUGCUGAACAAGUGGUGACCACUUGUAACAUGGUUUCGCAUCUCUACGGUGGCUACCGCCCGGUACUGAGCGACGCUUGCCAUCGACAUCAAGCCUGCUUCAUUUGCUCGGACAAUGAAGCAGCUUGCGACGCCGAGUUCCAACAUCACGUUUUGGCUCUCUGCGGUCCGGACCUGUUGUGUCAAUCGCAAUCACGUCAUCUGCUAACGGCGCUCGGUCAAUUGGACCAGAUGGAAGCUGAUUAUCUCUUCCCGUUGGCCGGUCAGGCUGCCCGAAUCGAAGCUUUGUGUCGUCGCGAUUCGUGCUUGGCAGAAUACUGGAAAGGACGCUAAACGAACGACAACGGCAAAACGAUAACAAUUAAACACGGUGGACACAGGAGCCUGUCAUUCCCUAAACAUUUCCCUUUGUUUCUGCCUAUAUUUCUAUUGCCGAGUUCUUUUACCCUUUUUUUUUUUUAAAUCCAUUUAUACUAAUUGGUAGUAGCUGUUACCUCAUGUUGGUUGUAUCGAAUGAUCAGUUGAGACUGGUGGCUCGAGAUCAGGGAAGACACUAACACGUUCCUUCAACCUAUCCUCGUCUCCAUUCUUUAUCAUAUCUCGUUGUUGGAUUUCGUGCUAAUCAAAUGUUUUUACCUUUUUCAGACGCCUAUCUUGUGUUGGUGUUAUUAUGUAUUCCCGAUAAUGACUAACUGGCUAAUUGAUAACAAACAAGCGACAAAAUGUAGACGGAGGAAUAUGAUAAAAACAUGUCGGAUAUUUUUUUUCUCUAGGUGACUAAAAACUAAUUAUUGUUUUGAAAUAAUAUUAUUUCCCCUGAUUGU